AUGGCUUCAGGUAUGUCUAUCCCCAACAUUGACAAGGCUCCGGAAACGGAUAUCAAGAUCAUCCGCAGAAAACUCAACAGCUUUGUUGGUUUCGCCAACUUGCCUAAGCAGUGGCACAGAAAAUCCGUCAGAAGAGGAUUCUCCUUGAACUUUAUGGUCGUAGGAGAGAGCGGCUUGGGUAAGACCACUUUGGUCAACACCUUGUUCAACCGCGAGGUGUUGAAGAAGCCUGCUGAGCCUGAGGAAGACGAGGAGGCCGUGGAGAACCCUACUGGCGAGAUUCCAGUGAAGAUUGAAACCACCAAGGCCGAGAUUGAAGAGGAUGGCGUGAAGUUGAACUUGAAUAUCAUCACCGCCCCUGGCUUCGGCGACUCGUUGAACAACACGGAAUCGUGGAAGCCAAUUGUUGACGAGAUUGACCAGAGAUUCGACCGUUACUUGGAGGCUGAAUCUCGCGUCAACCGUUCCCAGGUUCCAGACGAGAGAAUCCACGCCUUGUUAUACUUUGUGGAGCCAACCGCCCACUCGUUGAGAAGCUUAGAUAUUGAGCUCAUGAAGGCCGUGCACCAAAAGGUCAACUUGAUUCCAGUUAUUGCCAAGUCUGACACGUUGGUCGACGAGGAAAUCUACGGCUUUAAGCAGAGAAUCUUGGCCGACAUCCAGCACCAGCAGAUUAGUGUGUUUGAGCCCUCUGUGUUUGAAAAUGACGAUGAAGAAACCGUCACCAACUCAAAGGCUCUUCUUGCAUCAUACCCAUUUGCUGUAGUGGGCUCGAUGAACGAGGUGACCACUCCAGACGGAAGAACCGUUAGAGGCAGAUCAUACCCAUGGGGCACUAUCGAGGUCGACAAUGGCGACCACAACGACUUUGUCAGAUUGAGACAGUUGUUGAUCAGAAGCAAUUUGGAAGAGCUCAAGGAGUCUACAUCUGAUAAGUUGUACGAGAACUACAGAUCCGACAAAUUGCUCAAGAUGGGUAUUGAGCAGGACCACACAGUUUUCAAGGAGUUCGACCCUAUGACCAAGCAGGAAGAAGAGAGAGCCUUGCACGAGGCCAAACUCGCCAAGAUGGAAGCCGAGAUGAAGGCAGUGUUCCAGCAGAAGGUCAGCGAAAAGGAGAAGAAGUUGCAGAGGUCGGAGGCCGACUUGUUUGCCAGACACAAGGAGAUGAAGGAGAAGUUGUUGAAGCAGAUCAAGUUGUUGGAGGAUAAGAAAACACAGUUGGAGAAGCAGAAGAGCUUACCACAAGAACCCCCAGUGCUGUCGACGCCCCAAAAGACCCGUAAGGGAUUCUUGCGUUAA